AUGGAGCCUUUACCGCAAAAAAAGCUCCGAGGAAAUGCCACUGACGAAUCGAGUACCGAAGAGUGUACGAAAAUUAGCGAGAAAUGCUCAAAUCAGGGCUUAACCUAUGAUGUUUUGAGAAUUAUAUUUAAGUAUUUAAAUGGAAUGGAAUUAUCGAAUGCUGCAAUGGUUUGCAGAUCCUGGUUAGAAGCGGCAAAUAAUGAAAAACAAACUAGAGGCCCUACCUAUUUGAUGGAAUACUGCAAAAUGCAGUGCAGUAUGGAACUUGUUAAGACGAAAAUUAUUAAAAAUUUGCGGAUAAAACCUGUUUUAGGAUUAUUUUUUACAUCUCCUUUUGUACCAUUUAUCAAAAAAGAUUGCCACUGUAAAGUUCUUCCACCAAAUUGUGAUACCGUAACGUUGGGUACAUACGGAAUCAUUAUCGAUAGUACAGAAAUUGAGAAUAGUUCGGAAGAAAUUGUGUGCGCAUGUUUGCCAGAAAUACCCGGCGUAACAAUUAAAACAUUUGCAAUUGGGGACAACUCAACAAAAACGUAUGAUAUAUCACAGUCUGUAAAAAAGUACAGCAAAGAUAUAAAAGAAUUUCUUAGCACACCUGAAAAUAAUCCCGACAUGCCUAAAUGUUUAUUACUGUUUUCUGAUCUACGAGGUCGUAGUUCAGCAAUACAAAUUUCAAAUUCCUUAAGGAGACGUUAUGCAGCAAAUAAACUGUCUGUAUGGGGAGGUGUAGCCACAGAUUUAUUAGUAUGUAAUUCAAAAGAUAGUAAAAACAACAAAUGCAGGAAUUUUGCAAUUUGCGUUGUUGCUUUGAUCGGGUCCGUGGACACGUGGUCCAUAGUCGUUGAUAAAAGUUAUAAAACCAGAGAACGAAUUGAACAGCGAUUGAAAUCGUUUAAAAAUCGCAUUUGUUUAAAAAAACAUUCCAUGGGAUUUAUGUUUGCAUGUUGCGCGCGUGGAGAACGUAUGUUCGACGUAUGCAACACGGAAUCGACUAUUUUCAAACAAUUAUUCCCGGAAGUACCGUUAGUAGGUUGUUUCGGUGACGGAGAGUUUGGGAUAAAUUCAUUACCAAGCUUGGUAUCUUCAAGGAAGAAAAAAAAUUUAUAUAACGAGACGACUACAGUUUUCUUGAUAAUCACGUACGGUUGAACUUCACAGAGUUGAUUUCAAUUUCUAUACUAUUACAAAUGUACAGGGGACAU